UUUUCUUUCUUUUUGCACAGAAACUACGAAAAGCUAAAACCCCAAGCUCUUCUUCUUCCUCCAUCCCUCCCUACCUAACUGCAAUGUCUUCUUUGAUAAUCAAUCGAUUUCUAGCGACACCAUUAAUACAUAUUUGCUAGAAGAUUUCAUUUUUCAGACAACACCCAUAAAAGAUAAAUGAAAGGAUAAGAGAAGAUGAGGAAAUGAUUCUGCUUGUCUUCUUAUUGAAGAUUUCCCGGUAAAUAGAAUCUUACUUUCCUUCUUUAGAACAAUCUCCAUAUCUUCUUUCUUUCCUUCCUUCGCCAUUAUCAAUUAACUUCACCACCCACUUGAAGCUCGCUCGAAGCUUUAUAGUGUAAACUCUUCUUUCAUUUAUUCUGUGAGAGUUAUUUUCAUGGUUAAGUUUUCCCUCUUCAUCCUGUUACUUCUUUUCUUUCCUUGCAAUUGUUCUAUGCAAUGUCAAGGAAGACCAAUAAAUCACAUCUCGUCGGAGCCGCCGUCUUCACCAUCAACUCCCCCUAGAUUUAGCAACAAGCUAUUCACCAGUAUUAUUCUGGGUAUCCUUCUCGGAUCCAUUACCGGCAUCCUCUGCUCUUUCUUUGUAGCCUGUGUAGUAAUACGAGGUUUUGUUCGAUACAUAAGUAGAACGCCUAUUCUUAAAGGCCCAGUUAUCUUCUCGCCAAGAAUAGACCCUAAAACACUACAAUCAGCUCUGGCAAACGAUAACCAGAUUCUGGGUUCAAGCCGAAACGGUACAUACUUCAAAACCACCCUCGAUAACGGCCUGGUAGUAGCAGUGAAGCGGCUGCAGCCUCUGGAGGCUGAAACAAACACGAAAUCUGUGAAAAGAGAGAUGCAACAACAGCUGGAAAUCCUAGCUAGCUUGAGACAUCGGAAUUUGAUGAGCUUGAGAGCUUAUGUUCGGGAGCCUGACAGGUUUUGUUUGGUUUACGAUUACAUGCCGGCGGGGAGUCUGGCUGAUGCUAUGAACAGAGUUAGGGAGAAUGAAUUAGAGUUAAGAUGGGAAUUGAGGCUUCGGAUUGCUGUUGGAAUUGUCAAGGGUCUUCAACAUCUUCAUUUCGGUUGUGUUCCUAGAGUUUUUCAUUAUAACUUGAAGCCGGCCAACGUUAUGCUUGAUUCGGAGUUUGAACCUCGACUUGCAGAUUUCGGAUUGGCUAAGUUAAUGCCUAAGAUGGAUAUUGCAACUACGAUGUCGUCUGGUUAUAGAGCGCCUGAAUGUUUCCAGAACUGCAGGUAUACAGAUAAGAGCGAUGUAAUGAGCUUUGGAGUGAUACUGAGCGUGUUAUUAACGGGUAGAGAUCCGAUGGAUCCAUUUUUCAUAGAAGAAUCAUCAUCCGGGUCUGGGCAUGGAAGUAUAGGGAGAUGGUUACAGCAUCAGCAAGAAGCAGGGGAGGCAAAAGAGGUAUUGGAUAAGAGGAUUAUUGGAGAAGAAGUGGAAGAGGAUGAGAUGUUGAUGGCGGUUAGGAUAGCCGUUGCUUGUUUGUCUGAUUUACCUGCUGAUAGACCUUCAAGUGAUGAACUAGUUGCCAUGCUUACCCAAUUGCAUAGUUUCUGAGUUUUAUUUAUUUUAUUUUAUUUUAUUUAUUUAUAUAUAACCCAAAUCUUUAAGGGUUUGUUGUGAAUUGUGACAAGAUAAUAUUAAAGAAGAAAACAUCAAUGUGUUUUGGUG